GACCUUGGGACCUUAUUUUCUAGCGCGAAGGCCACAGACCACGGGACCACCACUACUUGCAACGGGAGAACUAGAAUAUGUCAUGUCAAAAACAUCUUGCCCUAAGUGUAUCUAGGAGAUGGGCAAGUUAUACGGUCAUGGCCAGAUGUGCAAGCCCUCAGCGUGGUGCUCUCCCUCCAGCUUAGCGCAACCUGCACCCACUACCAUCCCACAAACUUGUCCUUUUCACACAACGCUCCUAUAUUUCUCUUCUAACACAAGUCGAAGUUUGCAUUCGUUGUCUUUCUAGCUUGGAACCGAGAAGUAGCUUGAAGUUCCCAUAGGCCCGUCUUUCAAAGCUUGAUAUCAAUACGAGUCCUUUAAGUCGGGUCUGGUCGCCUCCCCAAUCAACCACAAUGUCUCCAUUCCCCAUGCUCACUCCCCUCCGUAGAGAGGUAGUCCAGAUGCCUCAUCCGUUCGAUCUACAACAUCUCAAUGUGACGGGCCUUGAUCGGGAGAAUCUAGCAAAGAUCGUCUGUGAACUCCCGAGUGGCUUAGAGAACGGAAACGAGGACGAGGACGAGAAAAUCGAACUACGAGUCGCAGCCCUUGUUGUGAUUCUCGUUGCCUCGACUGCAUUUACCGUUUUGCCACUCUUUCUGAAGAAGCGGUCGCGUGACGGAGUUGCAAGACGGUUCUACGACGCUUUCAAGUACAUUGGCGCUGGGGUUAUCAUCGGUACUGCAUUCUGCCAUCUGCUUGAUUCAGCAUUCAAGGAAAUAGGGCCACAGAGCUGUGUCGGCAUGACUGGCAACUGGGCAGGUUACUCUUGGCCGCCAGCUAUCAUGCUCGCCUCUCUCAUGUGGCUGUUCCUUCUGGAAUUCGGUGUUGGGUACUGCGUGGAGUCCACAAGGUGCGUCUCUCAAAGCCCCUCGGCCGCAGAAUUAUUAGCUGCCCAACCAAAAACGUCUGGAGCAGCCCUCCUGCCGCAAACCAAUCAACAAUCGUCCCAAGAUUCUCUCCAAAAAGAAGAAGGAAGGGGAGAAGAAGUAAGGCGAGAUAACACACCCACGACCUCAUUCACCCAAAAAUUCACCACCAUCCUCAUCCUCGAGUCCGGCAUCAUCUUCCAUUCCAUAAUCAUCGGCCUCAAUCUAGGGACCACCUCAUCAGAGGAACUGACGUCGCUAUGGAUUGUCCUCUCCUUCCAUCAAACAUUCGAAGGUCUGGGUCUCGGCGUCCGCCUCGCGGAAAUAGAGUUCCCAAAGAAGAAGGAGUGGAUAAAGUGGGCUCUCUGCGUGCUUUAUGGAUUGACGACGCCGGUGGCGAUUGCCGCUGGACUGGGGUUGAGGAGGAGCUAUGAUGCUGGGAGCUUCGAGGCGAAUGUGGUUAGUGGUGUCCUUGACUCAAUCUCAGCGGGGAUUUUGGUUUAUACCGGGCUGGUGGAGAUGUUGGCGAAGGAUUUCUUGUUUAAUUCUGAGAUGAAGACGAAGGGGAAGCGAGAAGUGGGAGUACUGGUAUUCUAUGUGUUGUUGGGUGCGGGCCUCAUGGCGUUGUUGGCGAAGUGGGCUUGAUGUGCCUUGGAUCUGUUGAAGAGUGUAGGAUAGUAGGCGAUGGUCUGGUAGCUUGUCAGAUUUUUGAGAUCCCGGAGUUUUGGAGAGAUACCCCCCAUCGUCAUAGUUGAUGCUUACUUCAUU